AAAAUGUCAGACGAAACCAUAAAGAAAAUGUUGAGGGCUGUCCUCCAGACGAGCAAGGAUGGUGUGUCUAUCAAAGCAAUCCAGUCAAUGUACUUUUCAUUUUGUGGAGAGUACAUCCCAUUUAAGAAACUGGGACACCUAAAACUGGAGGACUACCUCAGAAGUAUUCCCACUGUGGUCCGAAUGGAGUACCGCAUGGAUGAAAUAAAAUGCUUUGCUGCAGUUUGUCAAGAUACGGCUCAUAUUGCUGAGCUGGUUGCUAAGCAGAAGAACCCCAAGAAAAGAUCCCAGGUUGUCAACUGCAAGAUGAGAUACAGACCUUCCAACCCCUACAUGCUUAAUGUUACACCAAGGUCCUCUCUCCGCCAGCCAUCAUCUUUCAGUCAUUUUAAGGGGAAUAAAAAUCCUUUUUCGCAUGGUGGGUGCAGUGCCUCUGGAGACUACAGGCGCUUAGACCAAAAGUUGAAUUCCAGCAUCCCUGUUGAACACAGACAACCAGCAUUUCUACCAACUGCAGAAAAUGCAAAACAAAAAGGCAUACCUCAAAGGCGCUUAGACCAAAAGUUGAAUUCCAGCAUCCCUGUUGAACACAGACAACCAGCAUUUCUACCAACUACAGAAAAUGCAAAAGAAAAAGGCAUACCUCAAAGGAACGUGGUGGGCUCAGUGGGCUCGACUAAUGUGUAUAACAUGGAGGCAGUGCAGAACAAAAUAACGAAGCUCCUGGAGAAGUAUUCCAAUGGACUAUGGAUGUCCAAAAUCUCAGACGUAUACAGUCAAAUGUUCAGUCAGAAGCUUCAUCCUCAGGCACUCGAAGACAUGGAGAAGUGGCCACACAUCUGUAUGGUGGAGAAACCUUCAAUGACAAACCGAGCUGAUCGGCUUAUCUACCCUCCUUUGCCUCCCAAGCCCCCUGCAAAACAUUUAAAUAACACCAACUCCUCUUCAGUGUCAAGCACUCUCACUGCACCUGCUUCCUCACACCCAAGACAUGAGGAGCGUUCCACAACGGGCCUCUUUGGUCUAGGUCGUAAACCCGAAGCCUUAAAGAAACCUUUGGCUAAUCAUGCCUUAACUUUUUCUCCCCAAACUGAUGUUUCUUCAUCAAUCAAAGUGCUGACAUCGGUGACAUUACGAAGCCCAGCCCCCAAGCCAGCUCUAGCUCCUAAAUACCCCCAAUGUUACACUUUUACAGCCAAUUCCAACGGGGGAUAUAAACUUAAUCUCAGCUCUGCAGCAGAUACUCGCAACCAAAGCACUUCACCUCUCCAGCCUGGGAAUGGCAUUUCUCCACUUUUGAAAGACACAUCCCCCUUCCCUACCAGUUCUGCUCUUUGUCCUCCAACAUCUGCAUAUAAUGUGUUGUCCACUGACAUGCGUCAGAAGAUAAAGGAGCUUCUUUCCAAGAACAGUUAUGGUCUGUGGGCCCAUGCUUUACCCAAACUUUUCAUGGACACGUACAAGAUACCAUUCCCUGAACAGGUUCUGGAGAAUUUGUCUCUUUUGAUUGACAUAUGUAUGGUGGAGUACCCAAUUCCAAAUAACAAGAAAAAGGCUAUCUUGUACAACUGCCGAGAAGAUGUGAACAAUAAUGAUGCUGCAGGUAGCCACUUGUGCAAAAGAAACCUACUCCCCUCUGGUCUGGAGGUGGUGGGCCAUAAGGCCCCUCCAAAUCUGGUUCUUCCUUCAGAGCAGUACCCCUCAGUGCUGGUGACUGAGGCCAAGAGCAGUAAUGCUGUCACUGUAAGGUUCGUAGGUGAAAACUACUCUAAAGCUCAGGAAGCCAUGGAACGUGCCAUGCUCUCCUACAGUCAACGUUCCAGACAGUUUCCUCUAUCUCACCCUGUUGUGGGUCAGCUGGUAGCAGUCAGAGGGGAGGAGGGAGAUGAUGUGGCCAGAGGGCAGGUCAUGGAGGUCAUGAACCCCAGCAAGGUCAAGGUCUACUAUGUGGACCAUGGCUUCACUGUGGAGACUAGUGGGACCAAUCUGCUGAAGCUUCCUGAAGAGUUUUUCUCUCUACCCUUCCAAGCUACAAGGGUCAAGCUUGCAGGAUUGGUGGCAUUCACCUCCCAUCCAUUAAUACUAUCUUACCUGGAAAAGGUGGCAGUUGGAAAUAUCCUACUAAUGGAAGUAUUAGAGCCACGUCAGCCUAAUGAGGCGCCCUUGGUUGUGUUUUACGAUACCUCAAAAGAUGAAGACGUCAACAUUAACUCCACCUGCCUAAAGGCUCUUCAGGACAAGUCCAUGAACAACCCUCUCUCUGUAAAUGUUACCUGUCAGGACGUGUGUGUCUCAAAUGUGUGUGCAGAUGGCACCAUAUACUGCCAGCUGCCUUCACGAGGAACUACAAGACUGAGAAAGUUACUUGAAGAAGUUGAUGCCUACUUCAUCUCCCAGAACACAUCUGACUGUCUGGUCUGUCGACCGUUCUCCGGUAUGUUCUGUCUUGCCCGCUACAAAGGAAACUGGGCCAGAGCAGAAAUCACCAACAUGCAUGGCAAAACAGUGAUGGAGAUUCUCUUCAUGGACUUUGGGGUCCAGAUAACUACAGAAAUAACAGAACUGCGAGAAGUUCCCCCAGUUUUUCUAAAGGUUUUCACCAUCAUCCCACCACAGGCUAUUAAGUGUCGGCUAGCUGAUGUCACAGUUUCAGAUGGAGACUGGAGCCACGAGACUGUUCUGUGGGUGAAAAAGCUUGUCCUGGAAGCUGGAAACUGUAAAAUGAAGAUCUUGGAAGUGGAAGAGGUCAAAGGGGACAAGGUGGUCUACAUGUACCUGUACAUUGGUGAUGGCGAUGAGCUGCACAAGAGCAUCAACCACCAGCUGGCCCAGAAGCUGAUGGGACAGAGCAGCAAUACAAUUUGUGAUACUGUUGGCAACCUUGUGGAUAAAGUCAACAGGUUAGCUCUGAGCACCCCGUUCCUGAACCCCAAACUCAAGACCCCAUCAGAACCAAAUCACAGAGCAGAGGAAGAUACAAUCAGCAAAACUGAGAUCCAGCCGCUGCCUUUGCCUCCUCCACUUGAGCUUCCCCAGGUGGGUCAGAACACGGACGUGUUUGUGCAAGUGGCGCAUCACCCAGGUUACUUUGUGGUGCAGCUGUGGCAGGACCUGCAUAAGCUGGAGGUGUUGAUGGGGGAAAUGGUUCUUUACUAUAACCAGACUGUGAAGACCAACACAAGCAUUGGCAUCCAGAAAGGAGAUAUCUGUGCUGCCAAAAUAGACAAGAACUGGCACCGUGUGCAAGUGAAGGGGAUCCUGACCAGAGGACUGGUCUCUGUCUACGAGUUGGACUAUGGUAAACAUGAGCUGGUCAGCACCACGCUCAUCCAGCCUCUCUUGGAGGAGUUCAGACAGCUGCCGUUCCAGGCUGUGGUCGCACAACUGGCAGGAUUCACAGAGCAGCAGUGGUCAGAGGAAGCCUGCAUGUUAUUCAGGAAUUACGUGGAGAAACGAGCACUGGUAGCUCAGGUGGAGGACGUCUAUAAUGUUAAAGGCAAUCUGUGGGAGCACAAGUUGACGGUGUUUCUGGUGGACACUACGUUGGAGGACAAGGACCUCUGGAUCCACAGCAUCAUGGCUGAUAUCAGUGAAAAACUGUCUUAGGACGUUUCCACAAGCACAAUGUUAGGUUAAACAUGCUUCUCCAAGCUGAACUCAGUUUUGAAUUCACGUGAUUAUUUCUUUCCUUAUGCAUGUUGUACAUUAUGCAUGCAGCAGUGUGGCUUAUUGUAUAUAUUUGUUAUAUAGUAAUAUAGUAGACACUCUAAUUACUAUGUUCUGCAGAAUGUUGAUGGGAGCAUGUUCAAAUUCCUAACUUGUUACUAAAACAAAAGUUGA